GUUCUAAGUGCGCGCCAGUCAAGCUUUGCGUUACAUAUUUUGCGAAGGCUUUGUUUUCAACUUAGAGAGAGAGAGUUCCAGAUCUGCAAUAUGCGAAAAGCUCCAUAUGAUAAAAAUGCACCGAGAAGACCACUGUCAGCAUUCAAUUUAUUUAUGCGAAAACGUAGACAAGAAUCAGAGGUUAUUGCAUCAAAACCAUUCGGCGAAAGAAAUCGUAUUGUUAGUGCUGAAUGGGCUAAUUUAUCUGUUGAAGACAGACAAAUGUAUACUGAUCAAGCGGCAGAAGCUCGAGAAUCAUAUAAAAAGUUGUUUGCUGAAUACAAAACAACUGAUAGUUACAAGAAUUGGCUGGCAUCGAAUCAGAUGGCUGCUACAAAUGCAUCAAAAAGUGGGUGUAAAAAAUCAAGAAAACCUCAAAAACAAAUGUAUCCUGGCGGCAACAACAACAACACUCUAGAUGAUGACUUUAGAAUAUCAAUUUUCACUCAAGAAUUUUUAGAAUACAAUCGACUUCGUGAAGCUACUUUGCGUCAGCUAAAAAAACAAGCUUCACAACUUGAAGAGGAAACAGCCUUGUUAAGUAAACAUGUUGAAAAUCUUGUCAACGCUGAGCAAAGAACUAAAUGUCAAAUUAAAACAACAACAGAAUUAUUAAAUAAUGAAGAAAAUUUAAUGAAACAAUUAUGUAAAGAGUUAACUAUCGCUUUGGGUGAUAUUACUCUACCUAUCAAUACGUCAGAUGCAAGUUUGAAAGCAAUUGAACGUAUCACAGAGACCAGUGUAGAUUCAUUUCUUUCAAGGUUGGAUAGCUUAAAGUCAUCACAACAGCAUCGUCGUUGUCGUCUUCAUUAGAUUCAGAGGAGUUAUUCACAAAAAUUGUGAAUACAAUCCGCUUAGCUUGUCAAAACAAAGAGAUUAAAUUGUUUACCUGUGGAACAAAUUAAUUGAUUGAUUGAUUGAUUUUGUUGACACAAAUACGUUUUCACAUUGUACAUACUUGUUUUUAUUUUUUGCUUAAUUUUUUAUUUUUAAGAAUUUUAUUUAUCGUGAG